AUGGUUUCGAAUAGUAGACAUACAGUUUUAAAUCUUUUUGUUGGAAUAUUUAUUGGUUUUGUGCUUUCUUUUGCGAUAUUUCCAAAUUUGGGGAAUUUUCCUGGAGUUCAACUUCCUGGUUAUCAAAGGCCUAUUGUUAUUGUUCAAGAAGGUCCUAAUCCACAACUUUCUGGAAGCCAGAAACAAGGCGAUAAUAAAAUAGAAGUAAAAGAACAUGCACAUCGACACGAUGCACAUAAUGAGGAUGAACUGGACGAUAGUGAUGCCCCAUCUGCUGCAAUGUUUUUUCAUGGGAAUGGAACACAUGUUCAUGACGGUGAAGAUACCCUUGCAGACGAGAUAUUCAAACAUGUUAAAAUUUAUUGUUGGAUAUUAACUGGCCAACAAUUUCAUGAAAAACGUGCAAUUCAUGUUAAAGCAACUUGGGCUAUAAGAUGCAAUAAAUUUAUCUUUAUGUCUUCUGUUGAUGAUAAGGAUUUGCCUGCUGUGAAUUUGAAUAUUUCUGAAGGAAGAUCACAUCUAUGGGGAAAAACGAAAGCAGCCUUCAAAUACGCCUAUGAUCACUACUUAAACGAUUACGACUGGUUCUUAAAGGCCGAUGACGAUACUUUUGUUAUUUUAGAAAAUUUGCGUUAUUUAUUAAUGCCACAUCCUCCAGAAGAGCCGGUCUAUUAUGGCUAUAAAUUUAAACCUUUUAUUAAACAGGGUUAUAUGAGUGGAGGUGCCGGUUAUGUUUUGAGUAGACAAGCACUGAAACUUUUUGUUGAGAAAGGACUUCCAAAUAAGACUGCUUGCAGAUCUGACGAAAAUGGGGCUGAAGAUGCAGAAAUGGGCAAAUGUCUGUCAGAAGUUGGCGUAAAAGCUGGGGAUUCCCGAGAUACAGAAGGCCAUCACCGUUUUUUACCUUUUGUGCCUGAACAUCAUUUGGCACCUGGACAUAUUGAUCCAGGCUUUUGGUUUUGGUCUUAUACUUAUUAUCCUAUAGAGCAAGGGCCAAAUUGUUGCAGUGAUUAUGCCAUUUCAUUUCACUACGUUCAUCCUGGUCUUAUGUAUGUUUAUAAAAUUAGUGUUAUUAUGAGGUUGUUUGUUCUUUUCGGACUUGGUAAGAUAUGGAUUUCGGUAUUCGUAUCGGAUAUCCUCUUGGCAUUUUAA